UCAGGGCCCUCAGCGGCUUUUUCUGAUUGGAGGCGGAGUUGGACCGGUUUUCUCCCCAACGUGGUCUGGGUGAGGGGGACUCGCCUCACCUCCUGGCUUUUUGAAACCUGCUUCCCAAGGAAAGGAAUGGUUCUCCAGUGCUCUUCUUCGGGGUCACUUGGAGUCCCCUUGGUCCCUCAAAGAGGCCCACUUUACAUGGAAAACAGGGUGUGGGUGGGACCCAGGAGCUGGCAUAAUGGGAAGAAAUGAUGUAUGGUUGGUGACUUUGUCCCCAGAUGCUGAGGUGCCUGAGUCCCUGGCACAGGCCACUACUGAGCUGUAGGAGUAGGCUGUGCCUUUUCAAGCACUAUCUGUUUACAAUGAAGUUGCAGUCUCCAGAAUUCCAGUCACUAUUCACGGCAGGAUUGAAGAGUCUGACAGAAUUAUUUGUCAAAGAAAAUCAUGAGUUAAGAAUAGCAGGAGGAGCAGUGAGGGAUUUAUUAAAUGGAGUAAAGCCUCAAGAUGUGGAUUUUGCUACCACUGCUACCCCUGCUCAAAUGAAGGAGAUGUUUCAGUCUGCUGGUAUUCGCAUGAUAAACAACAAGGGAGAAAAGCAUGGGACAAUUACUGCCAGGCUUCAUGAAGAAAACUUUGAAAUUACUACACUGCGGAUUGAUGUUGUCACUGAUGGAAGACACGCCGAGGUAGAAUUCACAACUGAUUGGCAGAAAGAUGCUGAGCGCAGAGAUCUGACUAUAAAUUCUAUGUUUUUAGGUUUUGAUGGUACUUUAUUUGACUACUUCAACGGUUAUGAAGAUUUAAAAAAUAAGAAAGUUAGGUUUGUUGGACAUGCUAAACAGAGGAUACAAGAAGAUUAUCUUCGAAUUUUAAGAUAUUUCCGGUUUUAUGGGAGAAUUGUAGACAAGCCUGGUGACCACGAUCCUGAGACUUUGGAAGCAAUUGCAGAAAAUGCAAAAGGCUUGGCUGGAAUAUCAGGGGAGAGGAUUUGGGUGGAACUGAAAAAAAUUCUUGUUGGUAACCAUGUAAAUCAUUUGAUUAAUCUCAUCUAUGAUCUUGAUGUGGCUCCUUACAUAGGCUUACCUACUAAUGCAAGUUUAGAAGAAUUUAACAAAGUCAGUAAAAAUGUUGAAGGUUUUUCACCAAAGCCAAUGACUGUAUUGGCCUCAUUAUUCAAAGUACAGGAUGAUGUCACAAAAUUGGAUUUGAGGUUGAAGAUUUCAAAAGAAGAGAAAAACCUUGGUAUAUUUAUAGUUAAAAACAGAAAAGAUUUAGUCAAAGCAACAGAUAGUUCAGAACCAUUGAAACCCUAUCAAGACUUCAUUAUAGAUUCUAGGGAAUCUGACGCAACGACUCGUGUGUGUGAACUCCUGAAGUACCAAGGAGAGCAUCGUCUUCUCGAGCAAAUGCAGCAGUGGUGCAUUCCUCCAUUUCCUGUGAGUGGCCAUGACAUCAGAAAAGUAGGCAUCUCUUCAGGAAAAGAAAUUGGGGCUCUGUUGCAGCAGUUACGAGAACAGUGGAAAAAAAGCGGUUACCAAAUGGAGAAAGAUGAACUCCUAAGUUACAUAAAGAAGAGUGAAAAUUGAUGAGAGCUGGUACUAAGUAACAGAAAAUUGUUGGUAAAAUUAGUGUCCUCCUCCCCCCACCUUUAGUGAGAUUUAAGACUUGAAUAUAUAGCAGAAUAAAAGCCAGCGCAGAGGGCCUCUUCA